AUGUUGCCUGCUCCGGUCUUCCAAACCAUCCGCGCCGCUGCCGUCGCGCCCGCGUUAUUGCUGCCGGCCACCCGUGCACUGUCAUCUGCAUGCACACCUCGUUCCUGGCUCUCGCGGCUACUCUAUCCUCCGGGCCGCCCGGGCGCGUCUUCUUACCGAGACAACAACAGCAGUGGGGGAAACCAGUGCCUGUUGCCAAUCCGCUCCAACGCAGAACUCAACGAUGCGCUGCUUAUUAGUCACUCCGCGCCGCUGCUCCUGAAUUUCACCUUCCGCGGCGUGCCGCAAGCGGAUGCCCUUACGGGUGCCGCUAACCGCAUUGUUCUGCUCGAGACUGACAAACGCAUCAACAUCGCAGACGUCGAGGCGGACUUUGCAGACACCCGUGAGGGCAUGUUGCGUUUUGGGGUCAAUUCCCUGCCUACGCUUGUUGCAGUCCGCAAGACACUUCCUGUGGACUACUACACGCUGUCUGAAGAUGAGCUUGCCGAAGUCAACUGGCUACGCCUCAAGGCCUGGAUCGAGCGUAAUGCCGACGACUGGUAA